CCUGUCUCUUCCCCUUCCCCUCUUUAUAAGUGCCCGCCCGUUCUCCCGAGUCCCGCCAACCCCUCGUCUCAAGACUCAGACUCCGCCCAUCCAUCCACUAUCCACUCAACCCGGGCUUUUUCUUCUCCUCAAACGCUCAUCCAUCAAUCGAUCGAUAUUUUUUAGACCAGUAGUACAUAUACAGACAUCGAAUCCAACCCAAACCAAUUUAAAAAAAAAACCCAAAAAAUAGAAAAUAAAUAUAAAAGACGAAGCAAGAAAAAAAUUCCUAUCGAAGUACAGAUUCCUUCAGAAUAUUCUUAUUAUCCAAGACAAACCCCAGGCACUUUUGUCACGUAGUACUUGUAAUUUCUAUACAUAUACUCCGUUUUAUUUACCAGACCAAUCGAUCGAUCUUCUUCCUCCAGCCAAAAAAACAUACAAAAAAACAGUAAACCAACAAAAAAUUCCCUCCUUUACCGGAGUCUUUCCUUUAUAUUCUUUUCAGUUGAUCCAAUCGCCUGUGAAACGACCUCUUAUCAGUCUUUCCAACGAUACGUUACUCAUUGUGCUCCAUAUCCUAACCUUACCUCCACGACUACGACAGAAAACAAAAUAUCCCCGUUCUCAGUCUCCGCCCCACACCAACUUAUUUUCCUUAUCGUUUCUUUCGGCCCCACCGCUCUCGACCAAUUAAUUACUGAAAAAAAAAUCGAAAUCAGUCGCCUUUCGCUUCGCAUCAGUAUUCUCAACCCUUGGUUUGAUCCCUUCCAGCUUAACAACUGCAACCAAUCAACAGCCUUCGGCCUCCAUUGACCUCUUUUCGUUUGGUUGCCUCAAGAAUUUUAUUGCUCGGUAGUCCAGUUCACUAGCGCGAGAACUAGUCCGAACUUGGUUGGUCUCCCUCAGUCCUCGCAACCCAGCCUUACAACCGAUCCCCAGCGCAGAACGUAUUCCACAUCUCCAAGUCAAUCCUUAAAGUUCCUUGACUCGCCACAAGUCCCAUACAUCUCGCCGCCCCCCUCUACAGCCACAAACGCUCGAAGCUCGAUUCGGAUUUCUAAAUUUUUCUCUUCUCUCCUAAUCCAACACAUAAUCCCUUAUAUUUCUUUCCCUUCCCAGCCCCACUUGUUUUUUUUCUUCGGUCCUACUCAACCAGCUUUCCCGUCUAGCCCUCCUCCCCUCCUACCCUUGGUCCUGAACUCCGACUACCAACUGUACCAGUCCUAUCUACCUCUCCCUCCCCGCAUUCAACCUAUCUAGUUCAUCUCAACAUAUCAAUUCAAGCUGUUCAAACUGUCCCAUCUUCACCACCAACACUCAUUCUGCUGUUUCAACUUGGUCUGACACAUUUUUAGAAGUUCUAUCUAUUUCAUCUUUAUUUCCCAAUUUUUUCAUCUUUUGCUGUUCAUCUUCCACCUUCCCUCUUACUUUUGACUCGAUUGUCACCCACCAACUGCAUCCGAUAAACCUUCAAGCUCAGUCCCGACAAUGUCAGCUCAACUGUACUACUCCAUCCCCAACACCAACCAACGCUCUCCAAAUGCGAUGCCCUACCCCGACUCUGGUGCCCGUCGCCGCUCACCUCCCCAACAAGGCUUUGGUCCUGGGGGCAUUAAUAUGUAUCAUCAGCAACAAAUUCAAACCGCCUUGUACCAACAGCAGCAAAUCGAGUUUGCUCAACAGCAAGCGCAAUUGGAAAUGCAUUUACAACUGGAACAAAUGAGAUUGCAAAACUUGGCUUUACAGGAACAAAUCAUGAUUGGCCAAGUUCAUGCCCAUCAAGCUCAUGCUCAAGCACAAGCCGAGCAACAACACCAACUUCACAACACGUUCUACUCCACCAACAAGGCUCCCGCUCCUGGUCGCAUGACCUUUACUCAAGGUCAAGGUGGAAUGCUUGCUGAACGUGCCUUAGCUCGUCGUCAACAAGCCGAAGCCGAUGCACUCUAUGCGCAAUGCUACCCCAACGUGGAAGAAGAAGACAAUGUCCUCCGUGAGCUAGGUCACGGCCCAUCGUUCUCCUCGGUCUCCUCUGAGCGAUCCAGCAACAUGACUCCUCCGGCGGUCGUCGUUUCCAAGCCAGACGAAGCCUUUCCUCUUUUGGCUUCGGCUGACUCCUUGUUUGGUAAAGCACCUGGCUACCCCAAGCUUACCAAUCAGCAGGCUUCCGCCGACUCGCAAGGGGUCCCAUCAGUUGUCACUCCUUCGCAGGGCUCCGUGAGCCCUUCCAGCCUCACCGAUAACUCCCAAGCCAAAGACUCCCCUGUCGCGCCCGUCAAGAAGAAAUUCUCUGACGUCGUCAAGUCAUCCGCCGUCAAGCCCGCUCCCGCCGCUCCGGCCACCUCAAACGUCACUGCUGUUCCACCCCCCAAGCUCAAUCCGUUUUCGUCGGUUUUUGUUCCGGGAUCCAACAACAGUCCCGAGAGCGAAGCUCCUGCCGUCUUCACGAAAGCUUCCCCAACUCAGAAGGUUGUAUCAUUCACUGAGCCAACCCCUGAGGCUACAUCCGCAGCAGCCGUUUACCGUGCCCUGAGAGCCAAGUCACCACCCAGUGCGAAGGGCAACAGAGUAUCUUCGACCCCGUUGCCGGCUCCUAGCAUCCAAUCGGUUCCUGGUGGCAUGCCUACUCGUCAACCGCGUGGCCCCGCUGCCGAAGCUGAGCUCACCAACCAGAACUUUGCUACUCGCAUCAGGAAACGUGCCAUUGGAGCUAUCAAGACCCUCGGAACUCGCCCACCGACCUCGCCUAGCCCCGUCCCGGCUGCGUCAGCGAACAACUAUCACUACUAUCAGCAGCAACAAAUGAUCGAAGCCUUGAUGAUGCAACAACAUCAACAACAGGCCCUAGCCGCUGCUGGCUACGUUGACUCUGACCUCGGUUUCCACUCCGCCAUGCAUUCUUCAGGUGGGAUUGCCCAUUUGAUGGCCACCGCUCGCGCUCGUGAAGAAAGAUUCGGCUAUUGAAGAAUCGCUCGCAGCUACCUUUCCUUACUUUAUAAUCCAUCUUGGAGAUGUGUUCAUGGACUGUAUGGCACCUAGUGUUUGCCAUUUUUUGUUAGCAUCGACCUUUUUUGUACCCUAAACCCACUAAACCCCACCAAAAAAAAAUUGAAAAAACUUUUAACCCUUCAAAAAAAAAUCUCAUCAAUCUUGUCUAAUCAUUUUUUUCAGCUUGAUAUAGUCAUCUUGACCCGAUAUGGGGAGCAAGGCAGAGCGACAUUGCUCAAUCGAGUGCCCUUGUCUCAGCAACUACUCCAGUUUCUCUUUGAUCGAUCCUAUGACGACUUCGAUAUCUCUUAAGCGUCCCCGAUUACACACAUUAACAAUAAGUAAAUAGAUGAAACAGACACCAACAUUCAUUGAAUAUGUUCUUUAAGAAUGAAAGAAAAGAAAAAAUCAUACAUAAUAUCUAAAUAACAAAAACACCGAAACAUUAGCCUCUUCCUCUUGAUUUUUCUCCUUGAUCUCUCACCUUUUAUCUACUCAAACUUUCUCAAGCCCUGCGCACAAGAGCUGAUCUACCACAUCAUUCUCUGUUCCUUCUUCCCCCGCUGCUUUAUCAUUUUUUGUUUGGUGUAUAUAUCUCGUCUCAUUUUUUUUUUUAGUUUUCAUUUCAAUAUUGUCCGAAAUUCAUUUGUAUAUGUCUAUAUUUAUACGCAUAUCAUAACAAAAUCGCAAUUUUUACACCUAAGGACAACCCAUCCCUUUCCUUGAGUGUGUGGUCUGCACUUUUUGUGCCCAGUUUUCCCAAGUUGAAAUGCUGCAGCAAGCACAAUUG